AUGGUUAAAUCUACGCCAAGAACCACGAAAGUUACUCGCAGAAGAAGGCAAUUUAAAUCCUGUUUAUUUUGCAGGAAAAGAAAACUGAAAUGUGAUCAUGUAAAACCGAUUUGUAAACAAUGCUCAAAGAGGGGGAUUAAUAAAUGUAUUUAUUCUGAGGAUUUUAAUUAUGACAUCACAGCUGAGGAGCUAUUUGAAAAAUUUCCAAAUGUACAACUGGUUGAGGAAGUUACAAAAUUACAAACCCAGAUAGAAACCAAUAAUCCAAAUUUUCCUAGAGACCCCACAAAGUUACAAUUUAUAGGACAACCCUACUUUAGUAAGAAUGAUAAACAAUUGUAUGGAUAUUCUUCGGUAAGAUGUAUGACAAAUUUCCAAUCGGAUUUUAUUCAGAAAAUGUAUAUGAAUACUUUGGAACAAAUAAAUCAAGAAUUCCAAAAACAAAGAAAACCCUAUCCUGUUACCAUAGAAACUUCAGAUUUACCACAACUAUUAGAUGAUGAACUGGUGAAUGUAUGUAAAGAACUCCCUGGAUAUGAUAUAAUGAAACUGUGUUUAGUUCAUUUCUUUAACAGUUCAUUGUUUGAUCUUCUGGGGGUAAUUGAUGAAAAGAAAACACUCGACACAUUUUCGGCAUACUUCAUUCCGAAUGAAAAGGAUGAAGACGACGUAUCAAAAGCAACACAAAUAGUUAUUCCUUCCAACGGGAACAUUUUCCAGGUAGCAAUCAUUAUACUUAUUGUUGCAAUAUCGCCGUAUACCCAGAGUAUCAGCCCAUCGUUAAAUAGAUUUUUGGUUAUAGUUGCUAAUUUGUCGGCAAAUUAUACCGGUUAUGUGGAAUUUUGCCAAUUUUUAGUGUUACGGUGUAUGUGUAGAUCUUAUGAUGAUAAAUUAGAUUUUUCAAAUGAUCUAGUAAAAAAAAAUCUAAUAUGCAAACUUUGUCAGGGGUGCCUAGACUUGGGUUUGGCUAACGUUGAUGUUUUUUACUCUGAACUUACAUAUACAACAUCAGAAUUGAUUAGUAUGAAGAAAACAUUUUACUGGACAUUAUUUCUUGAUGUCUACACAGCUCUACAAUUUGGUACCCAGGUAUAUAUCCAGGAUGGUUCUAUAGACGGUAGAACGAUAUUUGAUGCCGAUAUAGCAGUUUGUGGUACAGGUGUAAACAAGAGAAGAAAUGGUUUGCUUAAGGAAUUUUUAAUGAUUAUGAGAACUAUGCUUAACCAGUUCAAUCAGAUAAAAGGUAUGCCUCAUUGCAAUAUCGUGAAUCAUAUAGGGUCAAUUCAAAAAUUCAUCCAAACCAAAUUAUUACCUAUGAAGUUUUAUGCUGACUUUGAUUCUCCCGUAAUGAUGGACCCAUUAGAUUUGAUUAUAUUGGGUAUUUUGAUAGAAUCUUUAAUUGUCCUGAAUCAUUCCAGGAAGAAAUAUUAUCAUGAAAUUAACUCAGAAGUUGAUAGGGAUAUUAUUCAUUAUUGUAACUUGCUUAGUAACAUUAGUUUUCGAUCAAUCAUUGGCGGACAUGCAGUGGAUCAGUUCGCAUAUCCUGGACUUUUUGCUGAUCUAAAAGGAGAGACGCCUCAUCUUCAUUUAUUUUUGGGCAUAACUGAGGAAUUUUUGACUAGAUCCAUAUUUCAUUUUUACUCUCUUAUUUUUGAGGGUAUAUCUAAUGAUAAUUCUAUUACUAGUAAUGAAGGUCAUCUGAACUUGAUAGGCAGUCAUGCUUCUGUUAUGAAACUGCAGAAUCUCUUCAAUAAAGUAAUGGAAGGCAAUGAAAGAAAAUUAUUAUCUAGAUUGAAAAGGGCAGAUUCAUUUAUUUAUUGCUUUCUUUUGCAAACUAUUUCUUUUAAAUUCUGGGUAUGUGUCGCCAAUGGAACCUAUGAACUUCAUGAAGGUUUAGGUGAUGCUUGCUCAAACGAAGAAACCAUGGCUAACGUAAUAUCUGAAAGACAUUCUAAAUUAUUAGAUAAUUUGAGCGCUUGGAAUAAAGAAGACAUAGUAUCUAAAUUAAUUUCUCGGUUUAAUUAA